UUUGUUCUCUCUGAUUGGCUCUCUGCCAGUCAUCCAAUUGAGUACUCAGAGACAACAAAAGGUCUGAGGUGGCUCAUACCUCGUCAAAAGCUUCCAUGGAAAGAUGGUGGCAAUUCUAUAUGGCCCAACCAUGUUUAUUUGGCUAAAGAAAAUCUCAGAAUCUUAUCACUUGAAUAUCACAAUUGGUUUAAUACAAAUUUAAAUAGUUCUUCUAAUAUGGAAGAUCAACUCCCAUUUCAGACUGAAAUCAACCUCAACUUUGGUUGGCGUCAUGGAUAUAGUACAAGCAUGAAAAGCACUCCAUAUGGUCUACCCCUCAAUUCCAGAGAAUAUUUCACUUAUUUCUUGAGAGGGGAACCAUCAUCUGCUACCAAUCUCAUCAAGGAAACUGAGAACUGCAAAGGGUGGCAAGACUUGGAGAAGAACUUGUUCUGGCUUGGUGUGGGAGGAGGCAGUUUACUUAUAAUCCAUGUGCUAACAUUACUUUUCCUAAGAUGGAGGACAGGAGCACCAGCUCAUGGGAUAUUUUCGGUUCCCAGGUUUGAGCUGCUACUUCUAAUUCUCAUGUCACCUUGUAUCUCUCAGUCCUCAGCAUUUGUUAUGAAAGGGGGCUCGCCUAGAGGAAUCAUCAUCGGGGCUUUGUUGCUAGUAGUCCCAGGAGCACUUAUUUUAUUCACCAUCCUUUUUCUCAUAAUUGCUAUCUUCUCUGGGAGUUUUGCUCAGUACAAGGAAAUCAGGGAUAUUGCUGUAGGGGAUCCAUGGUAUAAAAAGUUGUGGUCUGUCUUUGUUGGUAAGCAAGUAAUUGGUAAAUGGUUUUAUAAGGAGGGGUUGCCCACAUCUCUCCUUCCACGCUUUGGAAUUCUCUUUGAAAAUCUAAGGGGUCCUCCAUUAUUUGUCAUAGUUGAUCAUUGUGACCCAAACACCUUGCCUACGUGGAUUGAAAGUGGUCAAAGUGGAAUUGGAAGAAUGAGAGCUGUGAGCUCAGAUGACAGCAAUGAAGAAACUAAAAUGCCUUGGUCCAGGCGACUCGUGGGGUGUGCUAGAUCUUCCUAUGUUAUUCUGGAUCUUGUGAGAAGAAUCGGUUUGGGAAUACUAUCCGGAGCAUACAGAUCACCAGAAUCAAGUCAAAGCCUUUUAGCGUUGGCAAUCACAUUGAUACAAUUCAUUUAUCUGCUUACACUCAAACCAUACAUCAGAAGGAGAGUCCAUUUGGUGGAAAGUAUCUCUCUCUUAUGCGAGGCAGGCAUCUUCGGUUUUUCUAUUGCUACAGAAAGAUCAAAUCAUAUGGAAGAAAGCAUACUCGGAUACACAAUGUUGGCUCUCCUCUUCCUAACCUUCAUUGUUCAUAUUGUAAAUGAAUGGUAUGCAUUGGUAAAAUGCCUUCUAAGACUUUCUCAGCCUCGGAGGAAUUCUUUCAAAUUCGGAUUGAAGCUUGCCGCUAAAGGUCUUGUGUUGCCUUUCCUACCAAGGAAGCUCUGGUCAAAAGUUAUUCCAAAUUUCUCCCAACCAAAAACAGGCCUAUCUGCUGUCCCUCCUCUAAGUCCAGAAUCAGUAGAUAGAAGAACACACCAUGGUGAUCCACUUAGUACUAUAUCUGCAACAGUGGUUCCUGUGCUCAGUCCUGGUUCGCCAAGUCUAGAUGUUAUUCAAGAAACAAGUUAUACAACUGCAGAGACAUCCCUUCAUAGUGCUCAGAGCGUUGGGGAAGGAAAAGGUUCACAGGGACUAAAUUUAGAGAAAAAGAGUGAACUAAAGAAACUAAGGCAGUUGGCAAGGGCUAGUUUCUCUGGGAAUUCAAAAGGUCAGGAAAGCACAAGCCGCUUUAGGGCCCAAUUCUUCUCUCCUAAAACCCCAGAUAGUUCUCAAGCCUCCACUUCUUAGACCAGACAGUAGUAAUUUACAUAGAAAAGCUACUAGAUAUAAUACGAAAUCCGUCAUUGCUUUUUACUGAUGUAACAGUAUUAACUUUGUCUGUUCUUUUUGUUUGUUUUCCUAUGUAGUGAAGAUUUUUAUCUAAAAAUGGAAUUCAAUACCAAUACCUCAU